CGCGCUCGUCAUAUUGAGUGGAAGCCAUUGCCGUGCUGAGAGAACAAUCUGGAGACGAGAGCAGGUGACUGAGCAGCGAGGUUAAGGGUCCUUUCGGAGGCGUAGCUUCUGUUUCUUCGCCGUUUAACGUGUUUGCUAUGGAGGGUGAAUAUAACGUUUUAGAUAUCAUUGACGAGGAGGAGAGGUUUGACAAUGUUGAUGACGAUGUUGAGAUGCUCGAUGUUGAAGAAGGAGAGCUGUUGAACCAUGAUUCAAAGACUGAUAUGGGGCAAGACAGUAGUGGAGAUAUCAAUAGAGCAAAUAAAGAAUCCCAGAGUAAGAAUCGCAAGCGUAGAGCUAAUAAGAACAAGAAUAAGAAGAAGAGGAAGGGUUCAGGAUCCAUCGACGUAAACAGGUUUGUGUUAGAUACUUGUCGGCGGUUGAAAGAGAAGAAGUCAUACAUGGUAUACACAGCUGUAGGUUGCCUUGGGGUCGCAGCAUUAAGCGACCUCAUCAAAGAGGUUGAUGCUAUCCAAACUUGCGGAGGCCAGAUGACUGUUGAUGGUAGCCGCUUCCGAAAUGGUGGUGGUAUAUUGUGGAAUAUCAUUAAAACUCGAGAACCAAAAGCUUAUAAGGAGAUAAUGAAAAAAGCAAAGGACUUUGAGAAGCAAUUCAGACGGCCAUUUGCGGAGCGACCCUCCGGGCAAAAGAAAGAGGAUUCUCCAGAAGUGACAUUUUCAUUUGCUAAAGGGGCUGAAACCAAUGUUUCAGAUGACACUGUUGUUGCAUCCCCAGUUCAAAAUCAAAAUGAGCCAUCUGCAUCCGAAGAGAAACGCAUCUCUGUCCAUGAUAGAUUGAGGAUACCUGUUUCAUAUGAUGAUGACCUGCUUGCAGAGAGUGCAAAUAAUAAUGCAGCUUAGUUGUGGGACAAAGAGCCCUUCAUUGAUUAAUAUUUUCCCAGAGAUGGAGGCCUACCAAAUGCAUUUCUUCCUAUUUCCUUUUGGAUUGAGCAAACAACAUCCGCCUCGUGCUCUUUAUGCACAGAAAGUACUAGAGGAAUUCUUUUAUUUUUUUAUUUCCAAGGAUGUUGUCGUUUGUGAUUUUUAUUUUAUUGGUGAGAAUAGAGGUAUUUAGUUGCUUUUUGAUGGUAAAAUAUCAAAAGCUUAUUUCAUGAGUUACUUUGUGAACAUGGAUGAGGUAUAUAUUUAUUUUCUCAUGGUUUUGGCUUUGCAUA